GGGGCCCGUCCGAACUCGAAUCCUUCAGGUUGGGCUGACAGGCGGUUUGCUGGCUGAGAAUCCAUGUGGCGGGGGCUCUGGAUCCUGGUAGCCCGGGCGGCACGUGGGCCUUGCAGACCGUGUACACGUCAGGGCAGCGGUGCCCCGGCUCCCGGAUCCGGGGCCACCAUUUUUGCUCUGAGCUCUGGCCAAGGCCGCUGUGGCAUCGCUGUGAUCCGGACCAGUGGCCCCGCCAGCGGGCACGCCCUCCGGAGUUUAACGGCGCCCCGGGACUUACCUCCUGCGCGCAGGGCCUGCCUGCGCUUGCUCACCGACCCCCGCUCUGAGGAGCCCCUGGACCGCGCCUUAGUGCUCUGGUUUCCAGGACCCCAAAGUUUCACGGGUGAGGACUGUGCGGAGUUCCACGUGCAUGGAGGUCCGGCAGUGGUGAGUGGCGUCCUGCAGGCCCUGGGCAGUGUGCCAGGGCUGCGGCCUGCGGAGGCGGGUGAGUUCACCAGGCGGGCCUUUGCCCACGGGAAGCUGAGCCUGACUGAGGUGGAGGGGCUGGCAGAUCUGAUCCAUGCGGAAACCGAGGCGCAGCGAAGGCAGGCCCUGCGGCAGCUGGAUGGAGAGCUAGGUCACCUCUGCCGUGGCUGGGCAGAGACCCUCACUAAGGCUCUGGCCCAUGUGGAGGCCUAUAUCGACUUCGGAGAGGAUGACAACCUGGAAGAGGAUGUCUUGGAGCGAGGUGUGGCCGCCUGGGGGUCAGGUGUGGGAUACCUGGAGUGUCAGCCCUCAGAAGCCCCCUCACUCCCUCCUUUCUGCUUUUCUCCAUCCACAGCUGACAGCCAAGUGCAGGAGCUGGAAAUGGCACUGAACGCACAUCUUCGAGAUGCCAGGCGAGGGCAGAGGCUCCGCUCAGGGGCUCAUGUGGUGGUCACAGGACCCCCCAACGCGGGCAAGAGCAGCUUAGUGAACUUGCUCAGCCGGAAGCCUGUGUCCAUCGUGUCCCCAGAACCAGGGACCACCCGUGAUGUGCUAGAGACCCCUGUGGACCUGGCUGGGUUCCCAGUGCUCCUGAGCGACACGGCAGGAUUGCGGGAGGGCGAGGGGCCCGUGGAGCAGGAGGGUGUGCGGCGUGCCCGUGAGAGGUUGGAGCAGGCUGACCUCAUUUUGGCUGUGCUGGAUGCCUCUGACCUGGCCUCUCCGUCUAGCUGCAACUUCCUGGACACGGUUGUCACCUCCGCGAUAGCUCAGAGCCAUAAUGGGAACAGCCAGCGCCUCUUGCUGGUGCUGAAUAAGUCGGACCUGCUACUCGCUGGAGACCUAGACCUCAGUCCUGAACUGCCCCCCCACCUGCUGCUGUCCUGCCUGACUGGGGAGGGACUGGACGGCCUCCUGGAGGCACUGAGGAAAGAGCUGACUGCGGUGUGUGGGGACCCGUCUGCAGGUCCACCACUUCUGACAAGGGCAAGGCACCAGCAUCACCUCCAAGGCUGCCUGGAAGCCCUCGGCCACUAUAAGCAAGCUAAAGAUGUCGCCCUGGCGGCUGAGGCACUGCGGAUCGCCCGGGGGCACCUGGCCUGCCUCACCAGUGGAGGGGGCACUGAAGAGAUCCUAGACAUCAUCUUCCGGGACUUCUGUGUGGGCAAGUGAGGGGACCAGUCUGGACGGAUGCCCAGAAGUCUUGAGACAUCUGGGAAUAGCUUAGGCUAAGUGAGAUUCUCAUUUCCUAGGGAAGAACUUGACUGUAAAAUAGUGAGUGAACUCCCCGUUGCUGGUGGUGACCAAGCUCUAGCUGGCCAUGUUCCCUCACAGGGACUUGCUGGGGGUUCAGGCCCUGGAGUGGGGCUGAACAAAAGUCUCUUUGGGCACCUGAUGCUGGAGGAGUAGCCAUGGAAGGUUGAGGGAGUGGGUAUCAGGGUCUCAGGGGUCUUUGUUUUAUAGUUUUUAAUUUAUUUUUUAAAUACAAAAGGAAAAAAUU